GUUGUGCACUCAUUGAUGUAUAUUGUCUGGAAAGGAUUGACAUUACGAGAGGAUCUCCAAGAGUUAACCAUGUCUGAAAUGCAUAUAAGAACACCACUGGAUUUUAAGUUGGGAAAGAACCAUUGGAUUAGUAGUAGAGUACAAGAAAGACCAGAUGAGAUCAGUACACACACAGAGCAUAGUGAAAGCCCUUUCACUAAUGAAGGAACUGAGCUUUUAGCUGUGGAUAAUUCUUUGCGAGCUUUUGUUGGAGAAAAGUUUGAAGACUUUCUUAAGAGUUUUAAAUAUUUUGACACAAAGAAGAACUGUUCAGUCAAAGUAAAAGAUUUCCGAAAGGUUAUCGAGAUGUUCUUUGGACAUAUUUCCGACACUGUGUUUGAAAACAUUAUUAGUAAGGUCUACAAAAAUCCAGAUGGAACCAUUAAUUAUUCGAACUUCUUAGACAAAUUUAGCCACAAAAGCAACUUAAAUAACAACAGACUGACCAAUAUUUCCAGAAGACAAAACUCUCGACUAGCCAUUGCUAGCAUCCCUGACACAGCAUCAGUGAAAGAAAUCAAAGGUGUUAUUCAAGAAAAAGUAAGACAAGAUGUGCAAGGUAUUCUAAAGCAGUUUCAUAUGUUUGAUUACAACCUUGAUGGGAAAAUUCGAUGGAAUAAUUUUCGAAAAAUCUUGGAUAAAUACUGCUGCCGAUUAAGUGACCGACAGUUUGAUAAAUUGUGUCAGAGUGAAACUUCAUAUUAUGGAGGUGAUUUGGAUUAUAGCAGUUUUCUGAAACAUCUUGGGAUCAACUUGGACGCUUCAAAUUCCUGCUCAAACUCUGCAGAUGCUUCAAUUUGGGCUUCAUUCAAACAAGGUAAUGUGCCUUCCAGUCAGCAUACCGAGAAGUUGGACUAUUUAGAGCAAUAUUUACGGAAUAUGAUUUGCAAAAACCCUGAUAAAAUGCGAAAGUUUUUCAUAACUCACGACCCAUACUUAAAGGGCUACAUCACCAUGUGCAAAUUCAAGGAGAUUAUUGAGAGCUGUUGUUUUCCAAUGAGUAAUGAACUUUUUGAUUUGUUAAUGGAAAGACUUCGCAUAAAUACCAGAGACAAACUUGCUUGGCAAAUCUUCUUAAAUGAAUUCAUGGCAAAAACACAGAAGCCAUGUCCACCAAAUUUUAAGGAAAUAAUAAAUGACCCAAGAGCUAUUAUUCCAUUGAAGUGUUCAUCUACGGAUAUCGAUGUAAAAUGUAUGUUCUAUCAUUUGAAGCAAAACAUGUUACAUAAUCAUGGCUCUUUAGAAAAAGCCUUUUAUGAACUUGAUACGCACAAACGAGGAUGGUUAACGAGAAUGGACAUACGGUUUGUGAUGAUUAGCCUUAUAAAGAACAUUAACGACUAUGAACUCAAUCAGAUUGUAUUGAAAAUGGAUAAAGAACACACAAAUUUUAUUACUUUGGAUAAAUUUCUGGCAGCUUUUAAAGAAAACGAACUGACGGAAUUUGAUACUCAAUGCCCCACAGACAGAAGAAAAACAACUGUGUGUGGUGACACUAAACAAUCAGCUUCCCAAAGACCCAGCAAGAAUAUUGAAGACAUCCUUAGGAAGUUUGUUUCUGCUAAUAAAGAUAGACUAUUGACUGCUUUUGAAGAAGUUGAUUAUGCUUCUAUAAAUGGAAUUUCAAAAGGGGAUUUUCAGUGUAUCUUGCAAAGAUGUGGCAUUGACAUCGAUCCAGGAAAUUUUACUACAAUAUGGUCCAUAAUCCCACUGAACAAAUUUGGAAAUGUGAUGUACCAGGAUUUCUUAGACAACAUUGACAGUCCUGCCACUGCAGAGAAAGUGAUGCCAGAUGAUGAACGUUUUACUUACUCCCCAAAGCCAGGAUCCCGCCAGACACCGUCUCCAACUUCUGAAAGCAAGAAUAAGGAUACUUUCUGGAGCAGUGCUGAAGAGAUUCUGAAAAAUGUUCUUAACGAACAGCAAACCAAGUUUCUGGGUCAAAUUGAUGCUGAAUGUGGCAACCGGAAUCAAGUAAAUCUGAAAUCUUUGAAACAAAUUCUGGACUCGAUGGUCUUCCCUUUGAAUGACUCACAUUUUAAAAGUUUGUUCCGCAAGUAUGGCAUCUCUCAAAACAAUGGUAUGGUUGAUGCCAAUGAGUUCCUCCAAAAGCUCUCCAUUGCUGACUCUGCUCAGAGCAAAAGACUAACUGAAACAGAUAAUACUAUCAUGGCUUCACAACUACCUCUUGUUCUGGCGGAAAAAUCUCAAAAUAAAUCUCAAAAGAUAGUAAAGAUGUUUCAGACUUUUAAUGAAAGUAACAAGGAAGUUUUGAAACUGGACACUCUGAAGAAUCUUCUGAAAUGCUUCAACAUUCAUCUCAACUCAGAGGAACUAAAGAAGGUCUGGCUGCGAUGUGAUCCUACCAGCACAGGCUUUAUCACAUAUGAAGAUUUCCUAAAAGGGUGUGAAUUAGAAGAAAGUUGCAGUCAAGGGGACACAGGAGGUGCCCAGAUGGUGUGGAAACCCAUAGGCAGCAAAACGCUUCCAGGCUCCUCAUCAGUACCAUCGUCAGGUCGUGAUUCUGCAAUGAAGCAUCGAAAUUUCAGAGAAGUUUUAAGUGAAUGCCCCCAAGAUUUAUGGAAAGAAUUGCGGGAUUUAGAAAAUAAAGGAAAUGUUACGAUCCAUUUGCUGGAUCUGCUGAAGUUAUUUGAGAAAUAUAAUGUGCAUCUGAGUGAGGAGCAGGAAGAACAAAUCAUGAACACAAACUUCUGUGACCAACAAGGCUGUGUGGACAUUAGAUCCUUCAUCAACAGUGUGAUGCAUAGUAAUAGAAAACGUCCAAAUAUUUCCAGCCCUGAAAACGCUGGUUUCACUUACAAAGAAAUGCACGACAUUGUGCGUAAAUUGGUUAAAGCCCAUAAGAAAGACCUACUUAAUGCAUUCCAAAAGAGUGAUUAUGGAUUAUUGAACUGUGUUAAUAAGGAAGACUUUACGCACAUUUUAAAGUCAUUUGGGCUAAACUGGGAUAACAAAACGUUUACAAAAUUUUGGAGAAUUCUACCACUUAACUCAUUUGAAAACCUAAUGUACAAGGAUUUUCUUAACCAGUAUUGCCCUGCAGCAAGAAGCCGAUCUAUAGCUGGCAGGUCUUUGAAUACUGUGAAUGUCAACUAUGUCCCAGAACCAUGGAAACCAUCAGGGCCAAGUUUCUGUCGAAAUGCAAAGGAAAUAAUACUAAAAGACAAACCUUUUGAGCUUGGUUCCACAAGAUACUUUAGAAAAGAGCCACGUCUACCGGCGGCACAAAGAGAGAAACCACACCUGCCAAUGGAUCGGCCACUAUCUCAAGGCGCAUUAGUCAAUGCAGAACUUGCAGAAAAAAGUAUUAAAGAUAUAAUUUUUCAGCAUUGGAAACCUAUUUUGAAAAGUUGCCAAAAACUAGAUGUAAAGAGCACUGGAUUCAUCCCAUCAAGCAAGUUUAAAGACAUCUUGCUCACGUAUGGGAAAUCGAUUGCAAAUGAGGAAUUCAGUACUUUGGCAAAUAAAUUUGAUGUCGAGGGAACUGACACAAUGGCAUACAGAGAAAUGAUUCGCUAUUUCAUCCUGGACUUAAAACCUUCCAGAUCAGCAUUACCCGAAAGAAAGGUCCUUGACGAUAGUAACAUGGAGAAGUUUGCUCCAGGGCCAUUAGUUAGUGGACUGUCGAAGGCAAUGUUGAGAAUUUACCCAUGUGUAGCAAAGCAUUGGAAGACCAUGCGAAGGAACUUUUUAAGAGUCGAUUGUCAGAAGACUGGUUUCACUGAUAUUAAAAAUUUCAGACAGAUUCUUCGAAAUUACAACAUCAAUCUGACGGAAGACGAAUUCUAUAGCAUUGUUACAUACUACGAUAAAGAUUUCCAUGGAAACAUUGAUUACAACAUUUUCCUAAAAGCCUUCUUAAAGCAGCGUUGAAUUAAUGAAAUCCCAUUAUUUUAUUUUUUUCUAACUGUUAUUACUAGCAAUUAAACAUUACUAUAUAUUAUAAACUU